UGUAUACAACUGGUAAGAAGAGUUGAUGACUACAAGAUUUUUGCCAGCUGUAAAGAUAAAUUUUUCUGCCAUCUGACAGAUGAAGACACUGAGGCCAAAUGUGACCCACUGCUUGGUGGUGGGACCAGAUUUAUUGCUGGUCUCGUUUUCUGCUUCUGGCCUUUCUUUGCUUGCAGCAGCUGCCUUGGAUAGAGCACUUUGUUUGGAAGAUACUGUCUCGGUUACCUGUGGUCCCACAUCAUGAUGGUUGCUUUGCUUCUCCAGGGCUGCCUGACAGCAGAAACAUGAGAAAUUGCACUUUUGUGGCAGAGUUCAUCUUGCUGGGAAUUCCUAAUACCGAAGGGCUGGAGAACAUGCUCUUUGUCCUGUUUUGGGGCUUCUACCUCUUCACCUUACUGGGGAACCUGCUCGUCUUCCUCACCAUUCUGGCUUCCUCUAACCUCCACACCCCCAUGUACUUCUUCCUGGGAAACCUCUCAAUGUUUGACAUAUUUUUCCCUUCAAUAAGUUCCCCCAAAAUGAUGCUCUGCCUCAUGGGGCACAGUUGCAUCAUCUCCUACCAGGGCUGUGUAUCCCAGCUCUUCUUUUACCAUCUGCUGGGUGGCACCGAGUGUUUCCUGUACACCGUGAUGGCCUAUGUAGCCAUUUGUCACCCCUUGAGGUAUACUGUAACCAUGAGCCACAGGGUGUGUACUGGCCUGACACUGGGCAUCUGGUUGGGGGGUUGUCUACAUGGAAGUGUCCUCACCUUCCUCAUCUUUAAGUUACCCUACUGUGGCCCCAAUGAGCUAGACAAUUUCUUCUGUGAUAUCCCAGUGGUGCUGCCCCUGGCCUGUGCUGACACCUCCUUGGCUCAGACAGUGAGUUUUACUAAUGUGGAUGUUGUGACUCUGACAUGUUUUUUCCUUAUCCUCACUUCCUAUAGUCCCAUCGUCCUUUCCAUAUUGAAAAUCAGCUCAUCAGAAGGCAGGCGUCGAGCCUUCUCUACCUGCAAUGCCCACCUGAUUUCCAUCCUCUUAUUCUAUGGUCCUGUGAUGCUCAUCUAUCUCAGCCCUGUGUCCAGCCCUGGGCUGGAUUCUGUCAUUCAGGUGUUAAAUAAUAUCGUCACUCCUUCCCUUAACCCUUUGAUUUACACCUUAACAAACAAGGACGUGAAGAUGGCUCUGAGGAAAGUGUUAACUCAAGUGUCCCACAUUUCUAGGGUGUGAGGUGUAGGGACAAUUCUUCUCUUUGAAGUUAUUUGGGAAGCUGCUACAGACCAGCUACUCUUACAGCAGAAUUGUUGCCAAAUACCAAGCUAAGCAAAGUCAGUAGGAGGCAUUUCUUUGGAGUCUUAGCAAGAUCACAUGGUAGGGAAUGAGUGGACUGAGCCACUGGUUCAAGGAAGCCUUUUCAGAUAAGCCCAGCCUUUUUGUUUUUUUGAUAUGCCAAAAUAGUAUAUAUUUUCUGCUUCACACAGUCUGUACUUGUUCCAACAUCGUUUUCAUUGAUUGCUAUUAAACUGCAAGUUUUCCUGCAUCCUUCCCCUCUCUCCCUCCCUCUCUCUCUCCUUUCCUUCCUUCCUCCCUCCCUCCCCUCCUUCCUUCAUUCCUUUCUUCCUUCCUUUCUAAAUUUAUGCUAUAUGCUAUUAGUCUCUCUCUGGCUGUUCAGUGAAUCUAAGUAAGAAAUUAACAAGAUAUAAACUCUAGCAAUAGGAUUGUACAGUUUGGUAAAUUUAAGUUUAAACUUGGUUUAUAACUUGGUUUUAACCAUAUGUUCCCAUUUCAAAAUAAUUCCACUUGGAGCUUUAUUCCUUUGACCAUCAGAGAAGUUUGGAGUUGGACUUUAUUCAUUAUGUUUUAAGUGACAAGCUGGUCAGUUAUCUAUCCCUAUAAGA